AUGCGACUUUUAACUCGACCAACAGCGUGUACGAUUGCAAGAGGGGUUAUCCGAAAUAGCACGUCUCAUCACUAUGUCCCCCAAGCCAGCGUCUCAACACUUCAUGCCAAAAUCAACAGCCCACCACCAAGAAUCGUCAAAAGUGAGGGUAGCUGGCUGCAAACAAACACAGGCCACAAGAUUCUAGAUGCAUCUUCGGGUGCGGCUGUCGUAUCUAUCGGACACAAUGAUUCAAGAGUCAAAGAGGCCAUCACCGCCCAGUUAGAUCAGGUAGCUUAUUGCUACAACCCUUUCUUCACAACUGAAGCUGCCGAAAAGAUAUCGCGAUUUCUGACUGAUUCCACGAAUGGCCACAUGUCCAAAGUGUUUGUCGUCAGCUCAGGAACCGAGGCCGUGGAAGCAGCUUUGAAGAUCGCUCGACAGUACUUCACCGAACUACCGACCCCGCAACCAAACCGAACCAAAUUCAUCGCGCGCAAGCAAUCUUAUCACGGAAAUACACUCGGCUCUUUGGCAGUUGGAGGCCAUAAAGCACGACGAGGCGUAUACGAGCCUGUUCUCGCUACGAAUGUGUCCCACGUAUCACCAUGUUAUCCUUAUCGAGAGAUGAAACAGGGCGAGACGGAAGAACAGUACACCGAGCGUCUCGCUAAAGAGCUAGAUGAUGAGUUCAAGCGCGUGGGACCUGAUAACGUGUGUGCAUUCAUUGCUGAGACAGUCUCUGGAACGUCACUGGGAUGUGCACCACCAGUGCCCGGAUACUUCAAAGCCAUGAGAGAAGUUUGCGACCGUCACGGCGCCCUUUUGAUCAUGGAUGAGGUCAUGUCCGGUAUGGGUAGGACAGGCACGCUGCAUGCCUGGGAACAAGAAGGCGUGGUACCCGAUCUUCAAACUGUUGCCAAAGGUCUCGGAGCGGGAUACAUGCCAGUCGGUGCCUUGCUUGUCGGAAACAAAGUUGCAGACGUUUUGGAACAAGGAUCGGGUGCUUUCUCUCACAGCCAGACCUAUCAAGGUCAUCCUGUUGCAUGUGCAGCUGCGUAUGCUGUGCAAACAGUCAUGAAAGAGGAUAACAUGUUGCAAAACGUGCAGGGAAUUGGGAAGAUCUUGGGCGAAAAGCUGAAAGAAAGACUUGCGGGUCAUAAAAAUGUGGGGGAUGUCAGAGGAAGAGGGUUCUUUUGGGGGCUGGAGUUUGUUCAAGAUAAAGACACAAAGGAGCCUUUCCCGUUGAGUGAUCAAAUCGCUGGAAAGUUACACAAGACUGGUUUGAAUGCCGACCACGGUAUUUCACUAAUUCCUGCGACUGGAAACAUCGAUGGCAUGCGAGGUGACAUGGUCAUUAUCUCGCCUUCAUUCACAAUCACGGAAGUCGAAGUGGAUAUGAUUGUAGACAGGGUAGAAAAGGUGGUAACAUCUGUGCUCGGUUCAUAG